CUGGCCCCGGACGAAAGGCCCAGACGCCAGGCACCAUGGCGUCCAUCCUGGAUGAGUAUGAGGACUCGCUGUCCCGCUCGGCAGCCCUGCAGCCCGGCUGUCCCAGCGUGGGCAUCCCCCACUCGGGGUAUGUGAAUGCCCAGCUGGAGAAGGAGGUGCCCAUCUUCACGAAGCAGCGGAUUGACUUUACCCCUUCAGAGCGCAUCACCAGUCUGGUCGUCUCCUGCAACCAGCUCUGUAUGAGCCUGGGCAAGGAUACGUUGCUCCGCAUUGACCUGGGCAAGGCAAAUGAGCCCAACCACGUGGAGCUGGGGCGCAAGGAUGACGCCAAGGUUCACAAGAUGUUCCUGGACCAUACUGGUUCACAUCUGCUGAUUGCUCUGAACAGCACUGAGGUCCUCUAUGUGAACCGGAAUGCACAGAAGGUCCGCCCGCUGGCCCGCUGGAAGGGGCAGUUGGUGGAGAGCGUGGGCUGGAACAAAGCCCUGGGGACCGAGAGCAGCACCGGCCCCAUCCUGGUGGGCACUGCCCAAGGUCAGAUCUUUGAGGCGGAGCUCUCGGCCAGCGAGGGUGGGCUCUUUGGCCCUGCCCCAGAUCUCUACUUCCGACCGCUGUAUGUGCUGAACGAAGAAGGCGGCCCGGCGCCCGUGUGCUCCCUGGAAGCCGAGCGGGGCCCCGACGGCCGCGGCUUCGUUAUCGCCACCACACGGCAGCGCCUCUUCCAGUUCAAAGGCCGAGCCUCCGAGGCGGCCGAGGCUCAGGGCUUCUCUGGGCUCUUUGCAGCCUACACCGACCACCCACCCCCGUUCCGGGAGUUCCCCAGCAACCUGGGUUACAGCGAGCUGGCCUUCUAUACCCCUAAGCUGCGCUCUGCACCCCGCGCCUUCGCCUGGAUGAUGGGGGACGGGGUGUUGUACGGCUCGCUGGACUGCGGGCGUCCGGACUCCUUGCUGAGCGAGGAGCGGGUCUGGGAAUACCCAGAGGGGGUGGGCCCUGGGGCCAGCCUGCCCCUGGCCAUCGUCCUGACCCAGUUCCACUUCCUGCUGCUGCUGGUGGACCGGGUGGAGGCGGUGUGCACGCUGACGGGGCAGGUGGUGCUUCGGGACCACUUCCUGGAGAAGUUCGGGCCACUGCAGCACAUGGUGAAGGACUCGUCCACCGGCCAGCUCUGGGCCCACACCGAGCGCGCUGUCUUCCGCUACCACGUGCAGCGGGAGGCCCGGGACGUCUGGCGAACCUACCUGGACAUGAACCGCUUCGACCUGGCCAAAGAGUACUGUCGGGAGCGGCCCGACUGCCUGGAUACAGUCCUGUCUCGGGAGGCGGAUUUCUGCUUUCGCCAGCGUCAGUACCUGGAGAGUGCCCGCUGCUAUGCCCUGACCCAGAGCUACUUCGAGGAGAUUGCCCUCAAGUUCCUGGAGGCCCGGCAGGAGGAGGCGCUGGCCGAGUUCCUCCAGCGGAAACUGGCCGGUUUGAAGCCCACUGAACGGACCCAGGCCACACUGCUUACCACCUGGCUGACAGAGCUCUAUCUCAGCCGGCUUGGGGCUCUGCAGGAUGCCCCAGAGGCCUUGGCCGUCUACCGGGAGACCCGGGAGCGCUUCCGGUCCUUCCUCAGCAGCCCCCGCCACAAGGAGUGGCUCUUUGCCAGCCGGGCCUCCAUCCACGAGCUGCUGGCCAGCCAUGGGGACUCAGAGCACAUGGUGUACUUUGCCGUGAUAAUGCAGGACUACGAGCGGGUGGUGGCCUACCACUGCCAGCACGAGGCCUACGAGGAGGCCCUGGCCGUACUCACGCGUCACCGAGACCCCCAGCUCUUCUACAGAUUCUCACCCAUCCUCAUCCGGCACAUACCCCGCCAGCUGGUGGACGCCUGGAUUGAGCUGGGCAGCCGGCUGGACGCCCGGCAGCUCAUCCCCGCCCUGGUGAAUUACAGCCAGGGGGGCGAGGCCCAACAGGUGAGCCAGGCCAUCCGCUACAUGGAGUUCUGCGUGAACGUGCUGGGCGAGACGGAGCAGGCCAUUCACAACUACCUGCUGUCACUCUACGCCCGUGGCCAGGCGGCCUCACUGCUGGCUUACCUGGAGCAGGCCGGGGCUAGCCCCCACCGGGUACACUACGACCUCAAGUACGCUCUACGGCUCUGUGCCGAACACGGCCACCACCGCGCCUGUGUCCACGUCUACAAGGUCCUGGAGCUGUACGAGGAGGCUGUGGACCUGGCACUGCAGGUGGACGUGGACUUGGCCAAGCAGUGCGCAGACCUGCCUGAGGAAGACGAGGAGCUGCGCAAGAAGCUGUGGCUGAAGAUCGCGCGGCACGUGGUGCAGGAGGAGGAGGACGUCCAGACGGCCAUGGCCUGCCUGGCCAGCUGCCCCCUGCUCAAGAUCGAGGACGUGCUUCCCUUCUUCCCCGACUUCGUCACCAUCGACCACUUCAAGGAGGCCAUCUGCAGCUCGCUCAGGGCCUACAACCACCACAUCCAGGAGCUGCAGCGGGAGAUGGAGGAGGCCACGGCCAGCGCCCAGCGCAUCCGGCGAGACCUGCAGGAGCUUCGCGGCCGCUAUGGCACCGUGGAGCCCCAGGACAAGUGCGCCGCCUGUGACUUCCCCCUGCUCAACCGCCCCUUCUACCUCUUCCUCUGCGGCCACAUGUUCCAUGCCGACUGCCUACUGCAGGCCGUGCGGCCCGGCCUGCCUGCCUACAAGCAGGCCCGGCUGGAGGAGCUGCAGCGAAAGCUGGGGGCCGCCCCGCCCCCGGCCAAGGGCUCUGCCAGGGCCAAAGAGGUGGAGGGGGGCGCGGCGGCGGCUGGGGGCCCCAGCCGGGAGCAGCUCAGGGACGACCUGGAUGAGCUGGUGGCGGCCGAGUGCGUGUACUGCGGGGAGCUGAUGAUCCGCUCCAUCGACCGGCCCUUCAUCGACCCCCAGCACUACGAGGAGGAGCAGCUCAGCUGGCUGUAGGAGGCGCCCCGAGGGUCAGUGUCCAGGCUCCAUCAUCUGACCACGCUGAGUGCUCCUCAAAGCUGCCCCUACCCCCUGUAGACCAAGCCCUCCACGGCCCACCUCCUUCCCAACAGAGGGCAUGAACCUGGGGAAGUCCGAGAGCGGACCCCAUCACCGUGUCCCCCCACCCCCAACCACCCCGUGUCUACCAGCUCUUGGCCCCUCCUGCCCCCAUGCACAUCCCACCACCUUCCAGAGCGUGAGCGCCUCCUUGUCUUCUCUCUGAGGCCUCUGACCACCAGCUUUGGCCUCAGAGGAAGCAUCUCCUGUCAGCCCUUGAACUCCUGGCAUGGGGUGGGGCCAGUGCUCCGGGUCGGGCCACAGUCUGAGGGGUGGACAGCCACGCAGGCGCAUUAAACUCUCCAAAGUGCA